AUGGCGGAAUCAGCCAACGGGAAGGCCGGAGACCUGCGAUCGACUUUCCUCCGCGUGUAUUCAGACCUCAAGUCUGAGCUGCUCCACGACCCCGCCUUCGAUUUCACCGAGGAUUCUCGGGAAUGGGUCGAGAGGGUCAGAUGGCUCACUUGUUUUUUUUCUGUUCCGUCCAACCUCCUACAUUUGCCGUUUCCCAUGAGAUCUGAGUUUAUGGGGUUCGUUUCCGCUGCUGGGGGGAUGUUCUAGACUUUGAGUGAUCCUCAUUGUUAUGUGAUCUACCUUUUUUUUAUUGUUUGAUCUCUCAUUUCUGCUCCGCCGAACGGUAAAGGUGUUUCUCGUGCGGAUCUUAUACCAAUUCUUUAGGAGAAAAUGUAGAUACAGCCUGCAACUUUUCAUGAGAGAUUUAAAAGCUUCAUUUAUUGUACAAGAAGCGUAAAAAGUUCCCGAUUCUCGUGUAGCCUUUUUUUUAAUAUCUUUACUUCAUUCUGAGAAAGGUAUUCAGUUUUUCUUAUUUUUUCUUGCGCCCGUAUGCUAUACUGCUUUCUAAUGCCAUCACUGCUCUCACCAAUUUGACAAGAAAAUGAGUGCAAGAGGAAAUAAGACGUCAUAAAGACGAAGACGCAGUUAGUGAGGGUUCGCCACUUUUAACAUUGAUUCGGUUUUUUACUAUUUUUCUUGAAUUCUAGUGGAUUGUAUACAUCUUUUGGAUCUCAUGAUUCUUUUGAAAUACAAUUUUCAUUUUUUUUUCAGGAUCAACCACAGAAAUAACGUCCAAUAUUUAGCGUUUAUUUCACCUCAUAACUUGAACACUAUCGUACAUCUAUACAUUGACUGAUCUAUUAUCAGAAUUUAUGACUAUUCUGAUGGUGACUCGUGCUUGCGAUAUAUAUUAUAUCUCCAAACCUUUUCAGGAUAAAAUUUAAUUGCUGCAUGCUGGGAUUUUUCCCGUGAUAAUCUUGUGCCUUCCCUUUUUGAAUGGCUCACAAGCAAUCCAAUUUGAUCGCUGAGGAAGUUCAAGUCCAAUUUGAAUGGUUCUUCUGAAUAUUUCUGUUUCCUUUGUUGAUUAUUUGGGAAGCAAUUGACUACAGCGAAGCUCUUGCUCUUGUUAAUGAUCGAAUUCACCCGAGUAUUCACUAUGCAUUAAGUAUCCAUUUGUAUUUUAUUUUUUUUGGGGUGGAAAAAUAAAUAAGGUUCAUGUACUUUACAUUUCAAGAAUAGGAUACAUUAAGCCAUUAGAAAGUGUUUGAUAUCCUGAGUGUGACACAGGGGAAGCUGAAAUCAGAGUAAAAUUUUUCAUAGUAAUGAUUCAGUGGGUCUAGAAUAUAGAGUGGACUGUUCUGUGGCAAUUGGUAGAGUUAUGUAGCGAGCUGGACUUUUGGCCUCAAUAACACACGGUGUAUUGUGUUUAAGGAAUUAUACAAAAAGUCUUGCAAAUGAUCGUUUUUUGACAUUCUCUCUUGCUCUAUCUCUUUCAGAUGUAACAUAAAAAGUUCCUCUAUGAUGUUACGAAGCUUUCUUGCUAUGGCAUGUUCUCUUCAAUGCUUCUCUUCUAUGGCUUUUUCUCGGUGGAUGUUCCAUUUGGUUUUCUGUACUUGUUCUCAUGUCUUGUCUUCCCUACUGUUUAUCUUACAACCGGAAUUAACCUAUUACGGUAUGUCUUUUUGACCCUCCUUUUUUUCUAUGUACAGAUGCUCGACUACAAUGUACCUAAAGGUAUGAGUUAAUUAGAAGGCAUACAGAUUUAUUUUUUUUGGUGCAGUUUAUAUUUCGUGAUAAAGCAUAGUUGUCCAUCUUACCUUUUAUGUGUAGAGUUUGAAGUCUAUAAAACCCAUCAUGCAAGUUGUUUGGUGAUAAAAAUAAUGUGAUUGUUGGCAGGAAAGCUAAAUCGGGGAUUGUCAGUUGUUGAUAGCUACAAAUUGUUGAAAGAAGGCAAAGAGCUGUCUGAGGAAGAAAUAUUUCUGGCAUGUGCUUUGGGUUGGUGCAUUGAAUGGGUAAAUACUCCUUACUGCGCCUGUUUCAAACCCUUGAUGUUUUCAUCUGAUCUUCAGAUCGUUUUUGAAAUCUGAAUCCCUAUUAACGACAAUCUCUGCAGUUGCAAGCAUACUUUCUUGUGCUGGAUGACAUCAUGGACAAUUCUCACACAAGGCGAGGACAACUUUGCUGGUUCAGACUACCUAAGGUGGGAGCUCUUUUUCUCAGACGAGAAACUAUUCUCUCUCCGUUUCAAUGUAUCCUUUUUAUUUCUCUGCGAUUGUUAGAGAUUAAUUCCAAAUUAAUAAAAAUUUAGAAAUAUUUUCAGCACUUUUUGGUACUAAACAUUGAAAGGGUGAUAAUUAUGAGAAACAAACAAAGCGGUAUGAUAGAAAACUAGAUGGCGUUGAAAGUUUAUCUGAUGCGUCUUGAGAUAAGUUGAUGCUGUCUUUCUAUUGAGCAUGGUUGCUUAAACUAGGGAAAAAAUUGGAUGAACCAGCACAAGCUAGGAUGCCUGAUCACUGUGGGUUUCUUAUACAUAUGUAGCUCAUGUGGAAAAAUUGCAGCCCAUUUGCUUCUUCUAGUAUUCUAGCAUAACAAGUUAAAUAGUUCUGGGUAAUAGUUGUAAGUUUAUUGCUGUUACAUCUCCUGCUGGCCGCCACAGUUACCACAGCUAGCUCUGCCCAUGGAGAAAAAGAAAGGCUUUUUUAGUCACAAGCCCUACGCAGAAUAGAGAUAGCUGAUGCUAGGAUCUCCUUCGUUUAAAUUAUUUGGUAAAACAGUAAAUAUUUCAAAUGAUACUUUAUCAUUCUUGCAUGGAAACCAGACGCAGAUAGUACUAAUUCACGCAAACGUUUUGAGCUUUAGGAAAGUCCAAUUCAGAUUCCAAUUAGUUAUUGUAACUUAUUGGCAUUUGAAUCUGUACGUUCUAAUUAUAUAAAGCCAGCUUGAAUCUAGAGCCUAUUUUAAGAACUAGAACAGAUGUUUAAGGUCAAAUUGUGAUUCCAGCGGAAUUUUUCGGCAUCUCUUUGAUACUUUUUAUCUAAUAAUCACGGGCACGUUCUAAUUUAUGUUUGUUCUGUCAUCCAUAUAUUCUGCUUUCUACUUCCAUGAUUAUAUGUGCUUAUGUGCAGUAAGCUUUUGUAGGUCGGUCUUAUUGCUGCUAAUGAUGGUAUAAUCCUACGGAAUCAUAUAUUUAGGAUUCUUAAGAAUCAUUUUAAGGAAAGACCCUACUACGUAGAGCUCAUGGAUUUAUUCAACGAGGUACUCAUCUCUAGAAAAUAUGUUUAGAUGUUUUUCAUUUUGUGAUUGAUUUUUUUUUUCCAAGAUUAAUCUUACUAUCUCUUACUAGCCUAUACUAUCUUCUGGCAGGUCGAAUUUCAAACAGCUUCUGGCCAGAUGCUGGAUUUGAUUACAACAAUUGAAGGGGAGAAGGAUCUAGCAAAAUACAAAUUGCCGGUGUAUGAAUUAAAAUGUGAAAAAUAUAGAAAUUAGAACGAAAUUCCUACAACAUGAAUAAUAGUCCUUUUUUUACACUUCACUCUAUUAUUCUUAUCUCAUUGCUUAGACAUAUUACUUACAACAUGAUAUUCUGUCUAUUCAGUCAUCGCCGGAUUGUCGAGUACAAGACUGCCUAUUACUCAUUUUACCUUCCGGUGAGUUAAAUUAAUCUUCACAUGCAUGCCAAAUAUCACAUAUUUUCCUCAGACAGAUGACUAAAAUCUUCACGGGAUUUUGUAGCAAAUUGGCUCGAAUCUUCAUUUAUAUUCUUCUUUUUUUUUGUUGAUUUGUGGUUCCAUUCGCAUGUCAUACCUUCUGCUUGCUGACCAUAUUCGAUUGGUGAUUUUCAUUAAGGUUGCAUGCGCAUUGCUAAUGUCAGGCGAGAACCUAGAUAACUUUGUUGCAGUCAAAGAUAUUCUUGUUCAGAUGGGAAUUUACUUCCAAGUACAGGUAGUUAUACCGUCAUCAUAAUUAAAAAGAUACUAUAUAUAUAUAUAUUGUAAUUUUUUCCCUCCUGUCUGAGACAAUUAGCUCUCUCUCUUUCUAGGACGAUUAUCUGGACUGCUUUGGUGAUCCUGACGUAAUUGGCAAGGUAGAAGCGCAGUUAUUUCGUUCUUCGAUUAAAAUCAUAAUAUAUGUUUAAAAUUUUCUUCUCAUGGGCUGCUCUAUAUCUCAUGGCAUAUUAUAUAAGAUUGGGACUGAUAUCGAAGACUUCAAAUGCUCUUGGCUGGUGGUUCAAGCACUCGAACGUGCUGAUGAAAACCAGAAGAAAAUCUUAAAUGUAAGAGCACUCCUCUCUGGUGGGCUACCUUCAUAUUGAUGACGGCAAAAUAUUAAUCACUGUUGGAUCCAUUUUCUCAGGAAAACUAUGGGAAACUUGAUGCAGAUUGUGUCUCUAAAGUGAAGGCUCUCUACAAGGAUCUUAAUCUCGAGGUGUGGAUUAUAUGCUGACUUUUUAGUCUAUUCUUAGUAUCUUGACUUGCUGAUGAUUUAAUUAUUUUUUAUAUUUUAUUACUGCUUUUGUGUUCUUCCAAUUAUUGAGAUUAUGAGAAUUUUUUCUAUACGUGUGAAUAAGUUCUUCAUUUUUUUUGAGAUGGUCACUCUAGGGAAGUAAACAGUGGCCAUUUAUUGGAUUUAUGGGUUAUAUUUGGUAAAAACAUUGAUAUUUUUUCUAUCGAAUCAGUGAUGCCAAGCAUUGGAGUGACAGCUGGGGCCGGGGCCCAGUCACAUACAGAGAAAAGUCAAUGAAACAUGCCCCAUUGCAGAUCUUUAAGAAAUAGAGUGAGCAAAAUAUGUGCGUGUGUGUGUGUGUGUGUGUGUGUGUGAGAGAGAGAGAGAGAGAGAGAGAGAGAGAGAGAGAGAGAGAGAGAGAAUCCAUCCCUUAUUAACACAUGAACCAACUCUGGAUGAGUUAGGCUGGGUCCUUUUUUUUCCUUGUGGGCUUGAUUUUGAUGUCUAAACUUAGCAAAAGAUCGAUCUUUACUGGCUUCCGUCAGCCCAUUUAUUCCCUUAUCUCAUCAUCCUCUUCCAUUUUCUUGCACAUCAGGCAGCAUUCUUUGAGUAUGAGAGCAAGAGCUACGAGCAACUGAUCUCUGCCAUUGAAGCCCAGCCGAGUGUCGCUGUUCAAGAGGUGCUCAAGUCCUUCUUGGGGAAGAUCUACAAGAGGAAGAAGUAG